ACAAUUCCAAAUAUGUCGACAGCGCAUGCGUCGGACACGAUCCCGACGACAGUGGACAACGCCAAUCUGCAAGAGCUCGAAGACACCGUCAGCCGGCUCGCCUCGCACAAAGGAGUGCAAAGCGUAAUGAUUCUGAAUCGGGCUGGAGAUAUGCUAGUUUCUCGACAGGCUGGACCCGAAGCCGCAAAGUUUGCCAAGCAGCUGUUGGAGACCGCUUCCGCAUAUCUCACGUCGCUUUCGGAAGACGAUGAGAUCUCGUUCUUACAGAUCCGAUCGAAGCAACACCGAGAGCUCAUGAUAGCACCACACGAAGGCUACCUUUUGGCUGUAUUGAAGCGAUAGCCUGAGAGUGGAGAAACGUUUGAUUUCGUGAUGUACAACAAAGUGUCGUUCGCUGAAAACUGAGUCUUUUCGCGACUGCGUGACUUGCAUUCCUGUCUCUUGGUGAAAUCUGGCGUUCGAGAGACGAUUGACACUGAAAUAGACUCAUAUUUCAAGGAUGUCUAACGUAUGUGAA